UUACUUUUACAUAAGCCACGCCCUCUGUUAGCAACUUGUGGCUAGCUCGUAACCGAGGAAGGCAGUGCUCCAGAAUCUGCCCCUCAGACGCCACCCCGAGUCAAAGACUGUCGGCCCGGGCACAACUCGGCCCCUUUGCAGUGUUUCCUCUGCAUUCUUUGAAGACUGGUGCCCCCUCACUGCCGGAGCGCUGCCCCCAUGCUCAGUGAAGUCCAGAUGCAUGAGUCUGGGUCAGAACCAACAAGCCACAUCAUUCCAGCCAGUCAGACAGAAAACGGGAAUAAUAGUGAGAAUGGGAGUCGAGUGAGGAGCAGCCAGACUCCUCCUCCAGAGGCACCACAGGUUCCCGAGUCAUUAUCCAUGAUGACCCCACCAGCAGAGGCCCCCCAGCAGUUGCAACAGACCCCACAGCAGCAGGUCCUCAGUCCUCAGCAGCUCCAAGCACUGCUCCAGCAGCAGAAAGCACUCAUGUUACACCAGCAACAGAUUCAAGAGGUCUUUAAGAAUCAGCAAGAGCAGUUAAACAUCCAGCUGCUGCAACAAAAGAACGCUGGGAUCGUUAGUCAAGAGCUGACAGCCCAGCAGAUCGCCAUCCAGCAGCAGCUUCUUCAGGUGCAGCAGCAACAUCUCCUCAACCUGCAGAGACAGGGCCUGCUGUCCGUCCUCCCCGCCACCCCCAUCGCACUUACAGGCUGUGAGAAUGGCAGCAUCCUGCCUGCCGGAGACACCAGAGAGUCCUCCAGUCAGCAGUCGACCACCAACGAUCAUCCCGCUCUCCUGAAGAGGACAGAAAGAGGGUCACUGGAUGAAAACGCACAGAAUAGCCACGCGCUGUAUGGAAAUGGAAUGUGUAAAUGGCCCGGCUGUGAAACUGUCUUCGGAGACUUUCAGUCAUUUCUCAAACAUUUGGACGGUGAACAUACACUGGAUGACAAGAGCACGGCACAGUGCCGUGUGCAGAUGCAAGUAGUUCAGCAGUUGGAACUGCAGUUAAGAAAGGACAAAGAGCGACUGCAGGCUAUGAUGGCUCAUCUGAAGUCCUCUGAAUCCAAACCCGCAGCGCAGCCUGUGAAUCUGGUGCCCAACGUGUCCUUCUCUCAGGCAACGUUGCCCAAGAGCUCGCCUCCUAUAAGUUUGUCUCAGAGUGCCACAGCACCGUCCACGCCCAUGACGCCGCUCUCUGAACCCCCCUCGGUCCUCACUCCCCCCAAUAGCGUGUUCACUGGGCCCCCUGUGCGGCGGCGAUACAGCCGCUCGGUGAGCCAAGGUAACGAUAUAGUUGAUAAUAAGGAGUUCUACUUGAGCACAGAAGUUAGACCUCCGUUUACAUAUGCGUCUCUCAUACGACAGGCAAUCUUUGAAUCACCUCGCAAUCAGCUGACACUAAAUGAAAUCUACAACUGGUUCACAAGAAACUUUGCAUACUUCCGGCGCAAUGCGGCUACCUGGAAGAAUGCCGUCAGACACAAUCUCAGCCUCCAUAAAUGCUUCGUCCGUUUGGAAAAUGUGAAGGGAGCAGUGUGGACCGUAGAUGAGAUCGAGUUCCACAGGAGACGGCCCCAGAAGGCGGCCGCUAACGGGUCUCUACUGAAAAACUCCCAGAACCAUCAGAACGUGGCUGGGUCUGCUCCUCAGAGUGGCGGUCUAGACGGCAACAACUCCCUGUACAACCCGGCCUUUAUGGGCAGCAUCCCAUUUCACUCCCUGUCUCAUGUUCUCCAAGAGCAGAUGAAUGGAGCUCUAGCUAAUGGAUCUGGAUACCAAAGUGACAGCAGCGCAACACAGUCCCCUCCUCAAGCUUUCAUUAAAGAGGAGCAGGAAGACGAGGAGAUUUGUGAAGGUUAUCCCUACGAGUCCCCGGAGAGCACGGACGAGCACGGCCACAGCCCAGAGAUGCACCACGACGAAGACCACGGCAGCCCGCAGAGGCCCCACCUUCACUUCAACAAAGUGCCUUCUCUCUGACCGCGAGGUCCAAGCUCUCACUCUCACAGGGUUCUAAAACGACUGCUUCAUCUACUUAACCAAACACACUCUUCUUGGGGAUUUUUUUUAUCGGCAUUUCUUAUUUUUUGUUGUCAAUCUAGCUCGGAUUUUUCUGUAAAGUAGGGUGACCUCACAAAAAUGCAUCUUUUUAUGAUUUUUAAUGUAUAUAUACAUAUAUAUAUAUAUAUGUAUAUGUACACACACAUAUAUUAUAUCAAUAUAUAUAUAUAUAUAUAUUGAUACUAUUUAUUUAUAUAUAUAUAUAUAUAUUAUAUAUAUGUGUGUGCGUAUUGAUAUACGUUUAUCUACACGUGUGUGUGUGUGUGUGUGUGUGCGCGUGUGAAAACUAAAGGACCAUGAGCAGAGAAGCCAAAGGAAAAGGAACAUUAAAAGCACUUCACAAUGAAUAGAUUCUGUAUAGCUACAUUAUGCUAUAUUGGGGCCUCACUACCUGAUUUUUAUUUUAGUAGUUAUAAUAUAUAAAGAUUUGUAGAAGAAAUUAAAUGUUGCUUUGAAAAUGAAAAUGUUCACCUCCUACGUGAUCUGAUAUAUUUGUAUUUAAGGUCAAAUCAAUUGAUGAAAAGAAUGUGUAGCUUCUUUAUACUUGUUGGUCUUUUUCACCCCUUCCAUAAACAUUGCGGAAUUCCGCUCUAAUUGAGCUUGUAAGCGUAGAAAAUAUAGAUUUAACACAAUUGUAAAACAAUGCAUCUUUAUGAAUAAUAAAUCCCUCAUGAAAAAUGUGAA